AUGGAUGAGCUUGGUUUAAGCAUUUUCAGUCAAGACCAACAUCAACCAAUUGAUGAGCUCAGUCCAAGCACUUCCAGUCAAGUGUCUGGUCCAACUGAUGAGCCCAAUCCACAAAUUCCCGACGAUGACUGGCAAGAAAUAAUGGAUAUAAUCAAUUCAAAAAACCCCAACCAAGACCAGCAACAACCAAUUGACGUAGUUGAUCCAAGCACUUCCAGACGAGGUCGAAAACGACCAAUUAGUGAACUGGGUCCAAACAUUUCCAAAAAAGUUUGGAAAAAUAUAAUCAAUAAACCCGAUCCAGGCAUUCCGGAAGACUGGAGAGAGUUGAUUGAUGCAGUCAAUUCAAAUAUUGAUAACCAAGACCAGCAACAACCAACUGAUCAACCCAGUCCGAGCACUUCCAGUCAAAUCCAACGACAACCAAUGAACCAACCCAUUCCAAACACUCCCAACGAAUACUGGAAACUCAUAAUGAAUGAAAUCGGCUCAAGGACUCAUGAAGACUGGCAAGAAAUAAUUGAUGCAGUCAUUUCAAAAGUUUACAACCAAGAUCAGCAACAGCCGAUUGAUCAACCCGGUCCAAGUACUUCUGACGAAUACUGGAAACCAUUAUUUGAUAUAAUUAAUCCAAAUAUUCCCAGUCAAGACCCAAUUAAUGAAUCCAGUCCAAGCACUUCUGACGAAUAUUGGGGACCACUAUUUGUUAUAAUUAAUCCAAGCACUUCCAGACAAGACCAACAACAACCAAUGAGUGAAAACGAGUCUGCCAAUAUUAGUUCAAAUCAAGUGACUGGAUUACACCAAAUAUAUCAAAUAGCUCUUGAUCGCAUAAAGCAAAGACUUGUAGUGUCUAAAAAAAUACGAAACAAAAAACGCAAAGAAUAUCAUCAAUAUAUGGCUCUUGGAUUCAAACAACGGUCAGCGUUAGAAAAAGGUGAACAUAUAUCUGGAUUAAAGUACGAUCCAGAAGAUGAGAUCAAAUUAAAAAAAGAGUGUAGAAAGGCAAACAUGAAAGUAUGCAGUGUCAGAUAUGAUUUGAAAGCGUUUAUGAAAAGGCAUGGCUUGAAAUUCGAAGAGCCGGAUUCGGAUUCAGAUUCAGAUUGA